UGUCCCCGUCCGUGUACUGUUCGUGCUUACGCUCAUCACCGCGCCAUAGCCUACUGUAUAGUGUAUGCUCUCAUGUCGAGUGUGCUGCUACCGCGCAAUGACCGCUGGAGACUCCUCAGCCCGCGACGUUGAAGUGCCCGCCUCGCCCCUCGUCCACGAUGCCCCGCUGCCAUUCCCGGACGUGUGCGCCCGCAUCCACGCCCGCAUCCAGGCCUUCCUCGACGAGCAGCCCGCCUCGGACCGCCUGAAGAGCGUGCAGGAGCAGACGCGCAUCUCCCUGCGCGUCAUAGAAGAGGCAUUGGACAAGUACAGCCUGUCGGAGCUCUCUCUCGCCUACAACGGCGGCAAGGACUGCCUCGUCCUCCUAAUCCUCUAUCUCUGCGCCCUCCACCGCAAAGGCCUCUGCCCCGCCGACCCAAAUCGCAAUCCCCACACCGCGAUCAAAUGCGUCUACAUCCAGGCGCCGCACCCCUUCCACGAGGUCGAGGACUUUGUGGAAGUCUCCGUCAAGACAUACUCCUUGCAGCUACUUGAAUAUGCAAAGCCGAUGAAAGCCGCGUUCGCAGACUACCUGCACGACACGCCCUCCGUCAAGGCCAUAUUCGUGGGCACCCGGCGGACAGACCCGCACGGCGAGCACCUCAGACACUUUGACCCCACCGACUCGGGGUGGCCGGCCUUCAUGCGCAUACACCCCGUCAUAGACUGGCACUACGUCGACAUCUGGACGUUCAUCCGCCACCUCAACAUCCCCUACUGCAAGCUCUACGACCGCGGCUACACCUCCCUCGGCGGUACCGACGACACGCAUCCCAACCCCGCCCUCGCAGCCGCAAAGCCGCCCCUGAACGGCACCGCACCCAGCACCCCCAACGGCACGCCAAAGCCCCAGUUCCGGCCCGCAUACGAGCUGGUCGACGAUUACGAAGAACGACUCGGACGAGAUAGAUAGCAUAUUGUACAUAGCAUACAUACCAUAC